AAGAGGUCAUUCUAUAUCAUCGAUGCGCUUCCUGCUGUGUUGCUGCUGCUGGCUGCUGGCUGCUGGCUGCUGCUGCUGCCGCCGCCGCUCGCUAGAGAAGAAGGGUUGGGGACGCUUGCUCAAUGAGCCUUUGGCCCACACACAGCUCACAACAAACUUAGACAUUGCAUCACGAUGUUUGAACCGCCUCACCAUUUCAUACAUACUUGAUCCCUUGCCCUCUCCUUGAGAAAGAUUGGCAAUAGCUGGCUGAAGGAAGGUCAGGCCAGAUAUUGUGAGUAUUUUUUCUCACUUCGCUACUUGGUCGUGAUCCCAAGCAUUCUUGCAAAGUUGCAACUUUUUGCAGGUCAUCAUCCCAUCGCCACAACAGUUCCUCCAGUGUUGGCAUUGUGAUGCAGUUGAUACGUGUGCUAUGGGAUGAGCUUCUACCUCAGUUAGAGCAGCAACCCAAAGCCUCACGACAAGUCAUCUUGACGCUUUUGGAGCCCCUCAUUAGCCUUUCAGAAACAUCGUACGUUGAAGGACUUGUUCGCGGAAUCCAUGAGACUGUCUUCAAAAAGGUUCCGUGGGAGCUGCUGGACAGUUUGAUCAAGAGAUUGCUGGAAGCUGCUGCCCGAACAGACAUCCUCCAGCAAAAUCGAGAAGUGCUAUAUGAGACAGUUGACGAAUUGGAAAGACGAGCAAGGGGUCCUCCUCCCAGUGUGCUGCUUUUCAACGAGGAUAUCUCCGACAAAGCAGACGCAGUUCCAAAGGGGAAAAGAGCAACAACGAAGGGGAAAAGCAAAAAGGGGUCAAAGACAAAGGUGGCCAAGGCAAAGAAUGCAAAGAGAGUCAGCCAGGUUUCUCCAUUGAUGCUUCCUAAGGCAGCAGAGCCACAAUUGCCAAAGACAGAGCUGACCGGUAAGAGGACCCAGCGACGUACAAAGAUGAAGGGAGGGAAGCACACUAAUGACAAGAGGAACCCGACCAAGGCAACUACGGAUCAAGAACCGUUUGUGGAGCCGACAAGAAAAGAGAAGCACAUAGCAAGAAAACGAGGGGUGACUUUCAAUCCAUUGGACAAGGUUGUGACGUACUCAGAAGAUACACCAGUGUCAAAGAUGAAGGGUCCUGGAGUAAAAUGCAAGAAGCGAAGGAUUGAAAGCACAAAGGGCGAACAGAGGAACAGUGCUAAGAAAAGGACAUUGAAGAGAGGAUAAGGAUUGAAUGUAAGGAGGAUGACAGAGUUCGAGAAAGUGGCGUGAAUGAAGAGCCGACUUGACCCCCGCAUGGACACAUCAUGAUGGAAAUCGAUGCAGAACAGAAGGCUUGCGAAGCUUGCCAAGUUGUACAAAGCACGUUGUGCAACAGUUCUGUGUUGCGCUAGAAGCUUUGCCAGAAGAUGUUGUUCUUCGCAAUGCAAAGCGCGUUGCGGGUGAAAUCUUGAUCGGUACUCAGCCUCAGCCUUCAUGC